AUGACGGUCAUGGACGCCGUGUUCGCAGCGUGGCUAGUACGCGAAGUCGCUGUGACGGCCGACUUUCUGGCUGCCGUCCCAUACGUGGAGAAUAGAUCCAAGCAAUUGGGCUUUCGCUGUUUUGUCUUUCAGACCCUCGCAUUCUGCUUCAAUAUGAUCGGUCUCUCUUGUAUCAUCAUGUAUAUGCUUCCGCGGUCAUUUUUGUAUCAAGCCUUUGACGAUCUGGGCGGACACUUGUUUCAGUUAGAACCGCCGGUCGCUCGACUCGCUCUUGCAUUUGUCUAUUUUACUUGGACGCUCGUCUUGGCUUACGUUAAUCUUCCGCCACGACCCGUCAUGCCCUUUUUGCAGAAAUUCAUGCACGAAUGUUUAUUUAAGGUACGCAACAGCCGCAUCGCAGGCUGGGUCGGACUUGCUGAUAUCGAAUCUACGGAGGAUGCCGAGGAUAGCAGCGAUGAGGAGGUUGAUGAUCGUCCGCUCCAGGAACGGGACGUGUUUGACUACGGACAAUCCCAGUUACCCACCUUGCGAGUGCAGCCGGCCAUCCCGUUCCGAUAUCGCCACCGCGAGCUUUUUGAUGAGGUUUCGUUUAUGCCAGCAGCGGCUCUGACACCUGCGUUCACGCGAUUCUCGUUUCCGUGCACGCGGGGUGAAGAUCCCACAAAAUCCAAUAUCUCAUCAACUGAUUUGCUGACAGAAAAUGACGAUGCCGAAACUUCGACAGACGAUGUGCGGGUGUGGUUCGAGGAUACCCCGAAAGAGAGCGAUUCCGAUGACGAGGCCUCUGAUACCUCGACCCCAAAUGGCUUAGAAGUCUCGUCCGCCUCAAACUCUGUUUCCGAGACGCUUCCGAUGGCCAUUGCCGGUCCACCUAGAGUGAAACCAUCUGCGUUCGGCGCUCCCAAACGUCCUGCGAUUAAGGCACGACGUCCCUUACCAAACCCAAUACUAAAUGGCUUCGGAAUGCUAGCAGGGUCUCUCAGAUUGCGAUUGCGGAAAAAUUUGUUUGUCAUGGAAACACAGAUUAUGAUGGCGAACGCAGCAUACCUUGCCUACGUUCCAGGAAAUGAGAACGAGGAACGUCGGAAACCUGAGCUUACGGAAACCAUCCCUCUUCGCAGUGCGUUGCACACAGGCUCCCUUGGUACUAAUUUAGACGAGCUCGAUCGACAAGCUAGUCGAGAUGUGAUGACCGGUUUCUUCUCACGAAAAUCUGUGCCAGAGGCUCCGUCUCCAAUACAGCUCAAGCCCCAACCCGAUCAUGACGACGGAACAAUGUUUCUUGUAGACCCCCAUGAAAUGGUAACCAAGUUCGGCUACCACUUGUACAGGCACAUCACCAAUCGUGAACUCAACACGCAUGCUAUCGUUCUUGUCAGCUGCACUCGAGUGAUUGUUGCAUUCAGUGGGACCAGGAAUGUUACCAAUUGGGGUGUAAAUGCGAACUUCAGCAGAGCGCUUCUUGACGAUAAGCUGAGUCGUUUCGAGUACGAGUUGUCAAAUGGUGCGCAGACGUCAGAAGCAAUGUUUAGUGAUGAUCACCUUGAUCCCUUCGAACAACAAGGUAGUCAGCGAGACAUGAGUCUGCAGGUAAACCAUCGCUAUCCUGGGAUACGACAGAGUCGAUCUGAAGAACGUCUUUGCACAGAGGGGGGAGAUGCAAGUGAUGCCCCGGCACCGACGCUUCGUGAAAAGGGCUCAGCUCGUUCGUACGGCUCAAUCGCUCGUAGAAAACGGGGUGACCACGUACGCCUCGGGUACGAUGGAGAGGACGGCUUGUCUGGGUUUGCCACCAGCGAGCGUGUCGCAAUGAUGGCAAAGGCAUAUGCAAGAGAACUCAUGACUUUUGGAAGGCCAAAGGUUCAUCGGGGUUUCAUUGAUGCGUACAUGUCACUUCGGAAGCAAGUCAUGGGGGCUCUGGUUGAACUGUACCGGGGACGGUCCCCGCAUGAUGUAGAGUCAGGUCAAGGCCCGGACGCAGAAUUCAAUGGCGCUGCAAAGACACUUCCAUUGUUCUUUUGCGGUCACAGUCUCGGCGGGGCUCUGGCCACAUUUGCCUCAUAUGAAGCUGCGCGAUAUUACAAGCGUAUUGGACUUAGCCGUCGACAUGAUGUCUCAUGUACGACGUUCGGAUCUCCACUGAUAGGAAACGACGCAUUCCAGGCGAGAUACGAGCGGCUAGUCGAAACGCAUUGGCGCUUUGAGAUCGCUUCGGACCCAGUGCCGAAGGUUCCACUGAUUUUCCUUAACUAUGUUCACGUCGGGGUCCAAGUCUUGAUUGAUGAAUCAGGCAUGCUCCUCAUCGAUCCAAGCUUCAUCGAGGUGAAAUGGUGGGGGCAGCUCACCAACUUGUACAAUGGGUAUCGCCAUCACAUCCGUGCCUCGUACUGCAUGGCUUUACAGGCCUACUGCAAACUGUAUCGGGGCAGAGCGGACGACAUGUCAGAGCGCUUCUGGCCCUUCCCAAUACGAUUCCAAACACGUGGGUUGUUCCAUCAAUCCAAUUGGUAG